AUGCAUUUAUCGGUGUUCCUCGCCGUUCUCUACUUCAGCGAAGUGUCGUUGAAGGAGCUGCGAUCGCGGAACAAAAUCAACAUAAUGAGCGCCAAUCCGACCAAUAUCUGCAACUUGGAGCCCUCUCACAACGAUAACAUCCGGUGUUUCUGCACCAAGGACAAGUACCAUCACGUUUCCUCGGCGGAGUGCUGGAUAUUCGGCGUCGUGACCAAAGACAGCUUCAUCUGGGGAUUGAUAGUGGAAACCCAACCGUACUUAUCCGACUUCAGCAUCAUCUCGAGCAAAAACGGCGAGCUGAGCAGCAUACCCAAGGAGUUCAUAACCAAGAUGAUAUUCCUGAAGAAUUUCACGAUAACCUUCGGCGUGAUCGGGGCCAUCGGGAAGUUCGCUUUCGGCAAUUCCACUUCAAUUCAACGCUUAAAACUAGCCAAGAACCAAAUCGAACACCUGGAUCAGUUCUCCAUAUCCAAUCUGCUGUCGCUGAACGAGCUGGAUUUGAGCGAGAACAAGAUCCACACGAUCCCGUCGGUGGUGUUCCUGAACCUGCCGCAGCUGAAGCUGGUGCGUUUGAACAAGAAUAACAUCAGCAAGGUGGAGGAUAAGGCUUUCGCUGGAUUGGGCAACGCGCUCGAACUGGAUCUCUCCGAUAAUUCUAUUUGUGAUAUAAACAACAUGACUUUCUUCGGGUUGUCUAAACUAAAGGUGAUCGAUUUAAGUGCUAACAGGAUUAUCGGCCUGACUUCGUCCAUUUUUCUCGAAUUGUGGGAUGUAGAAGAGGUGUAUUUGGACGAUAACUACAUCGAGUUCAUAUCGAACAGGGCCUUCGACGGGCUCAGAUUUCUGAAAACGCUGAGCCUGAGAAACAACAGGCUGUCCAGAUUCCCGGCCGGUUUGUUUACCAGCGUCUUCACCCUGGUCCAUCUGGACCUCAGCAACAAUAGAUUGGAAACGCUGGUCUUCGAUUCCAUCGAGCAAUUCUACAAUAAUCUGCUGCAUAAUGGAACCAUUCAAUUAAAAGGUAACAGAUUCAGCUGCGACUGCCGGCUGGACUGGGUCUUCGUGCUGCACGACAAAACGGCCCAGGACGGCAUCAGGAAGGCCCUCGAGCAGCUCGAGUGCUCCUUCUACACCGAGAAGAUCCAGCCCAAGGACCUGGUGCAGGAUCUGGUGUGCUCGCCCGGCCAGCCGCAGGCGAAGGGCGCCCAGGACGAGGACGAGGACAACCAGAUUCGCGAUCUGCACGAUCACGGUAAACUCCAUUUGUUAACGAUACCGGCGAAGGAGCUGCCUUGCCCGCCGGAGUACAGGCCUACUCCUAUUACCGUUAAACAGGGAUCCCCUUUGGGAGCUGAAGUUAUGAGCAGUGAAACGGGAGACGUUCGCGCGUAUUGUUUGAUCUACAUAAGUGUGUUUACUUUGUUCGUGUAA